AUGGCUGCCGAAAUUAGCGCCUGCUCAUCCCUCGAGCUCCCCCAGCGCAUAUCGCGCACUCAUCCCACAGAGGAUCAGUCCGAUGCCCCCUUGCCCACUCCAACCUCCGUGUCGGCCGCCCUCACAGCACCACCCGCAUCCCCGAUGUUCACCCAGCCACCCCUCGAAUUCCCUUUGCCGGCUGUUGAGUUCUCUCUGCGUGAGCUGGCGGCCUGCACGCGUGGCUUCGGCCCCGAUGCCAUGCUGGCAAUGGACUGGGCGGGCGCCGUGUACCGCGGGUGCUGCCACGUGGGCAAAGGCCACGUCGUUGCGCGACGUGGUGGAGGUCUGCAGUCAGAAGAGCCGGCGAAGGAAGCUCCACGUGGUUCCCCCGAUGCGUCGCAGGCUGUGACAGAACGCGGUGCGUCUCCAGCCGACCUGUGUUGCUGUGCCACGUGUCAAGAGCUCACAGCCACCAAGUGCGUGAAUCUAAGAGGCGGCUGCGCGAGGGUGAAGCGCUGGCGGUACCUGCCUUCCUCGUUGCCUCCCCCACCAUCCACGUCAGCAGCUGCCGACGCAACAGGCAGCGGAAGCACGAGCAACGAGCAGGGACCGACAGCGCUAGAUAGCAUGCCGUCUCAUACGCCUGAGGAGGCACAGAGCUCUGGAGACGUGGAUUCUUUCAAUGCAAUGCUGUGUGGAGCGGGGUCCCCCUCUGCUCUCUCCUCCUGGUCCGCUCGUCUCUCCAUCGCUCGUCAGAUGGCAGGAGGGCUAGCUCACCUCCAUUCCCACAGCUUUCUGCACGCAUCCCUCCGCUCCGCCAACGUGCUUCUGCAUGCUGUUGGAUCAACGCAGCGUUGCAGCUCCCAGCUGCCGAGCCAUCUUUCGGACCAUGAGAAGCGGUGGUGGCGCCACCUGCUUCGACGAAAGGCUCGGGCCGAAACUGCUGCGCAGGUCCGGGUGCAGCUCGCGGAUUACGGCAUGCCCUGCAGGCUCGGGACGGGCAAGUCUGUCCCUUUGCGCCCGCGUUUUUUCCGUCCCGUCGCCCACGCGAUCUCCUAUCGCCUCCCUUACCCACGCGAUUGUCGCCGCCCUUCCGUGGCUCGUCCCGCUGCCUUCUCAUCGCCCAUCCCAUCGUCCAUCCCGUCGCCCAUACCAUCGCCCAUCUCGUCGCCCAUCCCGUCGCCCAUCCCGUCGUCGAUCCCGUCGCCCUUCCCGUCGCCCAUCCCGUCGCCCCUCCCUCCGCCCUUCCUAUCUCCCCUCGCCUAUCCUCUCCCCCGUCGCCCCUUUCCUUCCCCCGUCGCCCUCUCUCUCUCCCGUCGCCCUUUCUCUGUCACGUCGCCCUUUCUCUUUCCCGUUGCCCUCCCUCCCGUCGCCCUUUAUCUCUCCCGUCGCCGAUCCUCUCUCCCGUCGCCCUUCCUUUCUCCCGUCGCCUAUCCUCUCUCCUGUCGCCCUUUAUCUCUCCCGUCGCCUAUCCUCUCUCCCGUCGCCCUUUCCCUCUCCCGUCGCCUAUCCUCUCUCCCUCGAAACACUCUCUACGUGCGUCGUCGUUACCUUCUCGUUCUUCCCUUUUUUUAUUCCUAA